AUGUCAUCGGAAACCGAAGCUGCCUGCCCGAUUUGUGGGGCACACUCGAAUGCAAUGCUCAAGUGCAGCGGCUGUAAACAGCAAGUUUAUUGCGGCAAAGAUCAUCAACGACAAGACUGGCCACGACACAAGUCAGUUUGCAAAGCAUGGGAGGUUCACGAAAGUCCCGAACUCGGACGAUAUUUAUUAGCAUCGAGGGACUUGAACCCUGGCGAUUCGAUCAUUUCGGAAUCGCCUUUGGUCUGGGGCCCGGCUUUGCACACGGAUCAAAGAGUUUGCAUCGGUUGUGGGAAACAAUGCACGUCCAUCGACACGAGGUGCACGACAUGCCUUUGGCCGGCGUGCCAAAUGAACUGUCCCGGUCUUAUCGAUAAGAAUAGACACGGUUUGGAAUGUUUAUUUCUCGUGAAAGCUAGAAUUGUACCCAGGUGUGACGUUCUCCUAGUGAUACGCAUGCUAACACUAUGGCGGAAAAAAUCCAAAUCGUGGACGUCUUUGGAACAAUUUCUGAGCCACGAAGAGUCUCGCGGACCUGGCACAACCGCGUACGAAGAGACUCAGAAUGUGACACAACACAUUGAGCGCCUUCUAUCGAACAUCGAAGGCGGUAAGGAAAUCGUAAGCAAAAUUUGCGGUUUGAUAGACGUUAAUGCGUUGGAAACUGUGCCACCCGAAGGCUCGGUGGCGAUUUAUAAAACAGCGUGUCUUUUGGAGCAUUCUUGCUUAGCCAACACAAAGCACAGCUUUGCAAUCGACGAUAAGGGGGCGCCACGUAUCACGGUGAAGGCACUAUGCUUUAUAAAGAAAGGAGACCACUUGAGUACUAUGUACACGCAUGCUCUGUGGGCAACAAUGGCCAGAAGAGCUCAUCUCAGGGAGACAAAAUACUUCUCUUGCCACUGCAAACGUUGUGCAGAUCCAACAGAGUUAGGCACACACCUUGGUACUUUGAUAUGUCCUCAUGACAAUGGUUACAUUCUGCCCAAGGAUCCAUUGGACUUUGAGUCAGACUGGAAGUGUGAUUCGUGUCCAGGAACACUUACAGCCUCAGAAGUGAUGCAGUUCACUGGGAAACUGGAGGAGGAUGUUGAUGAAGCUAUGGCUGAAGCAAGAAAAGAUAAACUGAUUGACCUUCUGUCCCGACUUACUGCACUGUUGCACCCAAGCCAUCAGCAAUGCAUCACUGUCAGUCACUCGUUGAUUCAACUGUUAUCUGAAAAUAAUCCAAAGAAACCUGAAUUGUGUAAACGUAUUAUAGGGAUUACCAAAGUAUUGGACCCGUACGGUGCAAGAUUGUCAUUGUAUACAGCUGUUGCGUUGCGGGAAUUAUCUACAUGUCCGGGCGAAGACGAAAAAAGUCUUUUGUCAAAAGCAAUUUCGUUGCUGCAAUUCGAACCACCGAAUUCGCCAGGUAAAAAAUUUAAAGAAUUACUAGAGGACGAAUUAUAACAUCUCAAUAAGUUUAAUAUCCACUGCUGGCAAUAAAAUUUGUAUUGAAAGUUUCUAUAUUUUAUAGAAUGUAUUAUAUUACAUUUGCUAAAGGUAUUUAUGCUUAAAAAAUCAUUCUCAGUUUACGGCUUUAUAUUAUACAGAUAUAUAACAUAACAUAGGAUUAAAAUGAUAAAUUUCCCGCAUAAUUGAACAAAUGAAUUCCGAUUAUUUGUAACUAUACAGUACAUAUAGCCGUGACUAUUAGCACCGUGAUGCAUAGUUUAAU